UUCCCAGAAGUACCACCAGAGAAGCUGUAUAUAUGCUCUGGCCAUAGACACACAUGCCUAGGUGCCGCGUUGGGUCCAGCCAGGUACGUCAACGUUGUCGCCAUGUUGGGGCGGUAAACGUGGCUGCUGGGCAGCGUUCAGUACCGUUACAGAGCGGCAGUUUACUGUCCAAAACUGUACUGAUUCAAGAGGAUUGCACCCAGAAAGUGGGAUUAUAAUUAGGAUAAGAUAGAUAUUAUUAUAUGACGGAGGGAACGCAGCGAUCCACAUGUUUGUGUGUGUAGUUGUGCCGCGUGGUUGGCGAGGCGCAGAAUCUGUAGAUGUGAUUGUUUUCCUCCGGUUUUAUGUUUAGCUAAUGUCAUUCAGGGGAUCUUAACUUGAUGUAGUUGUUAUUUAUUUACCAUGUUGGUUGUUGUUCCUUAAUCUGUGAAGAUAUUUGUUAAUCUAUUCAUAGAUAAACGUUGGCAUCAUCUUAUUUGCCAGCAUUAUGUUCACGUUUUAAGUGGAACAGGAGAAUUUGAACAAGAGGCUGGCGAAUAGGAGGAGUGGUUUAGUUUCGUCCUUCUUUCUGUGUUUUGGGGUUAUUUCAUUGGUUUUGUUGACUAAGAUUAGACGGGAUUCGCACAUUGAUGGAUUUGCUGAUGUGUUGGAGACCGUGUUUCUAUUCGGAGCACGCGCUUCACUCUUUAACAUCAGGUGCAGACUGAAUACUCCUCUGCUGGUCAAUCUCACACACACACACACACACACACACACACACACACACACACACACACACACAGAGAAACUAAACCGCUUAUCCUCCUGGGUGGGCGGCCAAUCACGAUCGGUUAUUAAAGAAAUAAAAGCUACUGAGAGCAGUCCGUGCCUGCCUGAGAAUAUUAUUAUUAUUAUUAUAACAAAACAAAUAAGAAAGCUGUGCCAGAUUUAGUCUCUAAAUACAAGUGAAUUUGAUGUGCUAUUAGGGUUUGUACUACUUUUUCAUGCUGCGAUACUGGGAACAGGUUUGGUAGGUUUACAGGAACAAGUGUCUUGUUUCUUAGUGAAUACCUGGUGUUUCAUGUCAGCACAGCUUAUAGUGUCUGUAUCAGUUCAAGAUCCAAAUAUCUGCAAUGUCUUCGAGUUUAAACAUGUAAUAUAUGUGUGUACAGUGUUUUUAUCUAAAUAAAGUGAUCCAGAGUCUCAAUGGCCACCCAUUGGCCAUUUGGGGUGUGGGUGUUGGGGGUUGUUGUGGGGGGUGGCAGGUGACUAACCUUGCCAGCUUUCUUCAUUCACACAUGCAGUGUAUUUGGGUACUACAGGUCACCUUCAGAUAUCAAGCUCAUCAUUUUGCAUAAGCUAUUUUUCAUGAAGUUUGCAUUCCAGGACAAGACACACUUAAAACCUUAAAAAAGUUGGCAUAAUCGCACUCCUACCCAAGGAUUCUGCUUUUCAUAUCAGUAAAAAUAAGAACACCUGAUUCUGCAGGAGAAAUCAGAUUAAAAGUCAGCAGUGUUGCGUUAGAGUAAAGCUAUGGACCACAGCAUUCUUCUUAUCAUGGUUCUGAUUGCAGGUUCAUGUGACUCAACAUGUGGCACUAAUCAGUACCACUUCAUACACAAGGCUAAGUCUUUUGCUGACGCUCAGCUUUACUGCAGAAACACUUACAGUGAUUUGGCUACAAUUAAUAACAUGGAAGACAUGAAGAACCUCCUAGCUACUGUUACAGAUGGUUACCUUGGUGCAGCCUGGAUUGGUCUAUAUCAACAAAGCACUCCGGGCUGGCACUGGUCCCUGUCCAUGCCAGACUUCUAUGAUAAGGGGGAGAUAGAAUACAGAAACUGGUGGCCUGGAGAGCCAAAUAACGCUGGAGGGAUUGAAGACUGUGGUGUGAUGGAUGCUAAUAGCCAAUUUAUGGAUAUUCCCUGCACAUUGUUAAGGCCUUUCAUCUGCUAUGAUGCUCAAAGCGCUCAGAAGUACAUCAUGAUAAGAAGUGCAAAGACCUGGCUUGGGGCUCAAAGCUACUGCAGACUCAAUCACACUGACCUGGUCAGCGUCAGGAACAUGGAGGAGAACUUGCAGAUUCAAAAACUCUUGAUGGCAAAUGAAAGAGCUUUCAUAGGUCUGUUUAAGGAUAAUUUUGCAUGGUCAGACAACAGCAGUCUCUCAUUCAGAUACUGGGCAAGUGGUCAUCCAAUGAAAGUCAAUGCAAGUGACUGCUGCGUUGGUUUGUACGUGACACAAGGGAAAUGGGUGUGUGGGAAGUGCACUCUGGCGUUACCGUUCUUCUGCUAUACAAAGAAAAAGAAGCAGAUACUGCAACUGGAGGUGCAGUCAGGUCAGAAUGUCAAUGACCCUGCUGUGAAGGCGGCUAUCCUGGAGAAGAUCCAGCAGAAAGUGAAGGAUCAUUGGAUGGCAGAGAGAACCACACUGACCUGGAGACUGAAGCCAGAUGGAAACAUCUUUCACAAGAAGAAACUCUCCAUAUAUACCAGUAAUAACUGUGGCUGAAAUAUAACUUAUUUAUACACCCAAUGUCCAUUUUAUUAGAAACACUUUAUCCUGAUGUUCAUGGGCCACUUUUCGAGCUCCAAUCCAGGUUCCAAGAAAGUAAGAACGCUGUGCAAUGUCAUAUAAAUCAUGAAAACUCUACAUUUAUUUGAUGUGUUGUACAAUAACAUAUGAAAUGCUGACAUUUUGCGUAUUUAUUUGUUUUGGGGUUUUUUUUUGGUAAAUAUAUGCCCGUUUUGAAUUUGAUGCCAACAACACAAUUCAAAAAAGUUGGGACAGGAGCAUAU